AUGGAGCACGGAUCCUUAGCAGAUAAACUUACUUUUAACGAACUUGAUUGUAAAAAGAGGUUUGACAUUGCAGUGGGCACAGCGAAACGCCUAGCUUGUUUGCAUGAAGAGUGCCUAGAGUGGGUUUUACAUUGCGAUGUAAAGCCUCAUAACAUACUCUUGCACUCCAACUAUCAACCAAAGGUAGCAGAUCUUGGUCUGUCUAAACUACUGAAUAGAGGUGAGCGUGAUCAUUCUAGCUUCUCAAAGAUGAGAGGAACUAGAGGUUAUAUGGCUCCUGAAUGGGUUUAUAAUCGUCCUAUCACCUCUAAAGUUGAUGUCUAUAGCUAUGGGAUUGUGGUGCUAGAAAUGGUUACAGGAAAGAGCCCCACAGGUACGCAGCAUAGCUCUGGUACUGGCGGAUUGGCGAAAGAGUAUAAUAGAUUGGACUCGCUGGUGAGGGAGAAGAUCAUGAUGCAUGCUGAUGGUGAAGCUUCAAGAUAUGACUCGGCUAAGAUGGAACUUCUGCUCAAGGUGGCUUGGCAAUGCGUUGCAGAAGAUAAGGAUGAUAGGCCCACCAUGACCCAGGCAAAUAGGGAAUUUGGUGUUCAUAUCGAGCAAGAUGGCCUGGACGAGUUUGUCGAACUCGACAGUGCUGUUGCUGUUGGCGUCUAUAUUGGCCAAAAGGAAGUGGAGAUGGUUGCCAGAGGGCUUGAGGCUGAGUGA